UUUUACUGCAGAGUGGAAAAACAAGGAUGAAGAAGAAUAAAAGCAGCAUGUGCAGUUUAAAGUGUAAAAGCUAGUGAGAGAUUGCAGGUUGAAGUGGAGAUGGAAAACCUUCCAAAGUCAAUGCUGAACGGCGAAGAGAAGAAGAAGGAAGCAGAAGGAAGAGAAGAUGAAGAAAGCUUCUCGCGUGCCAUGCAGCUUGCGGGCUCCGUGGUGGUUUCGAUGGCACUGCAAUCCGCGACGGAGCUGGGUGUGUUUGAGGUGCUGAAAGAAGCGGGUGAAGCUGCUAAGCUCUCUGCAAAGGACAUAGCAUCCAAGAUUUCCUGCACCAACCCAGAAGCAGCCUCAAUGCUAGAUCGUCUCCUCAUUCUUCUUUCCUCUCACUCCAUUCUUCACUCUUCUCUCGUUUCCGACAACCUUGUCCCUCCCACCUUUCACAGGCUCUACUCCAUCACUCCCCUCGCCACAUUCUUUGCUCGCAAUUCUGAUGGGGUUUCAUUGGGACCCUUGAUGGCCUUGCUCCAAGACAAAAUCUUCCUACACAGCUGGACUGAGCUGAAAGAUGCAAUUCGGGAGGGGGGUAUUCCAUUCAACAGGGUCUAUGGCACCCAUGCUUUUGAGUAUCCAAGGUUGGACUCAAGGUUCAAUAAAGUUUUCAACACAGCAAUGAUUAAUCACACCACUUUGGUGAUGAAGAGGGUUCUGGAAUCCUACAAAGGUUUUGACGGCAUAAAAAGGCUGGUGGAUGUUGGUGGUGGUCUUGGGAUCAACAUUAACUUGAUCACUUCAAAAUACCCUAAUAUCCAUGGCGUCAAUUUCGACUUGCCUCACGUCAUUCAAGAUGCUCCUUCCUAUCCUGGAGUGGAACACGUUGGGGGAGAUAUGUUUGAAAAUGUGCCUAAAGGAGACGCCACAUUUAUGAAGUGGAUACUUCAUGAUUGGAGUGAUGAACAGUGUGUGAAGCUGUUGAAGAACUGCUAUGAUGCAAUUCCUGAUGAUGGAAAGGUGAUAGUAGUGGAAGCAGUUCUUCCAAAAACACCAGAGACUAAUGAUGCUUAUAAGGCAGUUUCACAAAUGGAUGUUUUGAUGAUGACUCAAAACCCGGGAGGGAAAGAGCGAUGUGAACAAGAGUUCAUGGAUUUGGCUACUGCAGCUGGAUUUAGUGGCAUCAGAUAUGAAUGUCAUGUCAACCUUUUCUGGGUUAUGGAGUUCUUCAAGUAGAUCACACCAUAUGCUACGUUAUAUGCCUCUGCUUCCUCUGCUCUACUUCUAAUUGUCCUUUUUUGCGUUACAUGUUUGCUUUUAUGCAUUUUAAAUUAACAGAACAAAGCUCGUGUUCUGUAACAUAGCAUAUUAUAAGCAAAUUUCAAAUUAUUAGCUA